UGUCUUCACUUAUAUCGCCAGUGAUGAGGGAAAAAAGGUGGUAUAAACGCAUUUUUCAAUCAUUAAAAACUUUUACUUGUAAUACGAAAAAACAUUUAAACACGUAGAUAUUUUCUUAUUUGAUCCCCGCAGUGGCUGCUUGUUUUUUUUAUUGUCACGCAUUGAUCACAGCCAAAACGUCAUCAAUAACCAACCAAAAUGCGAUUGAUCGGCAACUUGAACUUUACAAAAUACGUGUCACACAACUCAUCCCCACUAAUUGCCAUCCCAAGAAAAUUCUAAUCAUCAAAAAACACAGUGAACAAUUGAUCUAACCUUCAAAUGUGAAGCCACGAUGUGUCGAUAUAUUUCGCAUUCCCCCCCAAAAUUUGUUUAUCGCGACGAAAAAUAUAAACAUAAACAUAUACAGCUGCCUUUGAAUUUCUUGGCAAUUUAGUCUGCGGUUUUCCUCAACUCAAUAAAAAUUCAUUGGCGUGAUGGAACUGGGCGAAAUUUCGAUGAGUUAGUGAUCUCCAGAGUUUCAUAUCACAGUGAAUAUUAUCAUAAAAAUUAUGUUUCUCAAUUGAUUGUAAUUCAAUAAUUUCAAUAUUCAUUACAAAAGUGACAAUUGAUUCUCCAUCUGCAUAAAUCCAAGAUAAAAAUUGAAGAUUGAGAAUAUUAGUAUUAGAUAAAUAAAUAUCCUAUUUACAUUGAAUCCUUCGAAUUCACCUGAUUAAAUUGAAGAAAUUAAUGAGAGUUUAAGAAAAUACGAUGACUUCCCAUUUAUCUCACGUUAUGACCCUGGCAAACAGUAUUAUUGGAGUGAGUGUGUUGGCAAUGCCUUUUUGUUUCAAACAAUGCGGAAUAGUUUUAGCAAUUGCAGUCCUAUUGCUCUGCAGUGUUCUGUCAAGAUUGGCUUGUCACUUUCUCAUAAAAUCAGCAGUUAUGUCGAGAAGACGAAACUUCGAGUUCUUGGCGUUCCACGCCUUUGGCCCCAUGGGCAAGUUCCUGGUGGAAUUAUUUAUUAUAGGAUUUUUGCUGGGCACCUGCAUUGCAUUUUACGUUGUCAUCGGAGACCUAGGGCCUCAGAUAAUCGGCAAGAUGUUGAAUAAAAAUCCAGAGGAUAUCAGGACGAGUUUUCUCCUGACCACUGGUGCCUUGAUUGUCUUCCCUCUGGGAUUACUGAAGAAUAUUGAUAGUCUUGCUAAUAUAUGCACAGCUACCAUUGGCUUUUACAUUUGCCUUGUCCUGAAAGUAAUGAUAGACUCGACCAAACACAUCUUCAGUGGAGAUUGGUAUGACAAUGUCAAUUACUGGCGACCUGCUGGCAUUCUCCAGUGUUUACCGAUAUUCUCCAUGGCUUUGUUCUGUCAGACUCAGUUGUUUGAGAUUUACGAAUCCAUUCUCAAUGUUUCGCUGGAGAAGAUGAACCACGUUGUCCGAGGAGCACUCAAUAUCUGCACGAUGGUCUAUCUUUGCGUCGGAUUUUUUGGAUACGUUGCAUUUUGCACAGAAUCAUUCUCAGGAAAUAUUCUCAUGGUUCUCGAGCCGAGUGCAACGUCAGACAUGAUAAAAAUAGGAUUUGUACUCUCUGUAGUUUUCAGCUUUCCUCUGGUGAUAUUUCCAUGUCGAGCAAGUCUUAAUUCCCUUCUUUUCCGACGAGUGCAAACACACGAACCAGUGAACAAUUACAUUCCAGAAAUAAGAUUCAGGUGUUUGACAUUGACUAUUGUGACAGUGGCUCUGAUCACUGGAAUAUUCAUGCCGAAUAUUGAAUUUGUCCUUGGUCUUGUGGGUUCAACAAUUGGUGUGAUGAUCUGCCUGAUUCUCCCUACAACAUUUUUCAUCGUUAUCAGUGCAAAAAACACCAAUGAACGACUUCUAGCACAAGUUAUUUCCUUCGUUGGGAUAUGGAUUAUGAUCCUUGGAACUUAUGCUAAUCUGUAUGCCAUGGAGGAAGCCUCCACGUCUAAAAUUAACCUCAAUACAGGGAAGCCCAUACUCCAGAUUAGUAAUAUUGAGUUGAAUCUUCUUAAAAGCAAUGACGAACUGCUUCUACCGAAAGCACCUUUAGUUCCUGUUAUUCAGCAGGAGAAUAUAGGAAUUCUCCAGCCAAAUUUCAAAAUUGACAUUGAAAAAGUGCCAGAUAUGAUGAGUAUUCCUCGAGAGCCAGUUCCACCUCCCAAGGAUAAACCAAAACCAGUGGAAAAAGUAGUGACUGAAAAGUCUGAAAUAAUUAGCAAGCCACUGGACACAGGUGAGACGAUCAUCAGUCCCCAGGAAAAGACGGAAUUAGUGGAAGCGAAAAUAAAACAGGACGAGCAGGCGAACGAAAUUCUCAUAAAUUCAGAAGUGAAAAAAAACGAGGACGCAGGAGUGUCCCACGUCACUGGGAAAUUAAAUCUGGAAACCAACGACGACACGAGACAGGAUCACUUUUUGAAAAAACUUGAAGAGCACAAAACUGACAUUCGCAAGUUGAUUGAAGAGCAGAAGGUGCUCCUCCAAGAUAUUGAGCACCACAAGGAGGAACUUGAAAUGGAAAAGAGAAAACGAUUGAUGUACCAAGAGCCCGUCCAGAAAGAAUCCCACUCGAAGGACCAAAAUGAUUUAUCAAAGAACAAAAGAGAGAAAAACGAUGAGAUUCGUCAAAAACUCGAGGCCAAUACUGAAAUUCCACGGGUAAAUUCCGAUAUAAAUUUGAAGGAAACCAGGAAAAAUAUUGAUAAUACAAUCGAGGCACAAAUUUCCCUGAAUGCAUCGUCGGGAAAAAUUCUAAAUUCAACAAAUUCCAGUGCUGAUUCAAUGAACAUUACGUUGAUUGAAUCGAGAGGUCCAAUCGUGAAUGUUCUCACCAACUGGACUGUUACGAGGAAGAUCUCAGAUAUGAUAUCAAAAAACGAGAAAAACCAGUCUCAGAGGACUAUCAACAGAGACCAAACCCCAGAAACUAAAAAGACUAUUUAUCAUCAACUGCCAAUUCCUCUGAAGCUCAUCAAUCAAACGAAGGAUAAAGAAAAGGAGUCCAAGAUGCCAGAUGCUAUAGGGGGUGGCAGAGAAAAACGAAAUGUUCAGCAUCCCCAGUUAAAAAUGAAUGAAUCCACUGGAGAUGACACAAAUCCCCUUGAAUCCCAUUUACAGAGAGAUUUGAAGUCUUUGGAAUGCUCGUGAAGUAUGUUAUUUUUGAAGGAAGUUUUUAAAGAAACAAUGAGCAAACUUUUUCGAAUGAUUUCCCCGAUAAAUCAUUAACUCUGUGUCUUUAUAUUGUUGAGAAAACAGUAGGCUCGAAAAAGCCUACAGUGCUGUGAAAACCGUUGCAGAAGAGAGGUUGCAGGAGAGAAGUUUCGCAGUCCAAGAAAAAAAUCUCUCAAUAACUUUAAAAAAAAAUAUUUUUUUAAACGUUAUAAAUAAAUUCCAAAAGAAUUGGCUGUUCGUUAUCUGAAUUUCGACUAAUUCACAAUAUUUCCAAAACGCUUUUACCGAAUCAAGAGCUCAUGAAUAUUUUUCUACUCUGAAUAAUAGAAGAAAGGAUUGAAGAAGGCUGACAAAAAUGUAUAAAACCUGUAAAAAUAUAUUUUCAACGAAUAAGUAACUGAA